AUGAGACAGCAGCACUGGUUUGGGAUGACUGCCAAAAUGGGCACCGUGUUAUCAGGGGUCUUUACCAUCGUGGCCACCAACAUGUACCUCAUCUUCGAACACAGAUACAUAAGGAACAACAAUUGCACUGAUAACCACCUACUGAACAAGAGUGCAAGUGUCCUGAUAAGCCAGUUCAUCAUCUGCUGGGCUUUCAAUACGGUCUUCUUCCUGUCUUUCAUUACCCUCAUCAUCAGCUGCUUCCUCCUGUACUCAGUAUAUGCUCAAAUACACAGGGGCUUGGUGACCUACAUCAUCUGGAUCCUUUUCUAUGAAGCUGUAAACAUUAUAGUACAAAUCUUUACCAACAAUGACUCUGUCAUUGAAGAGGUCAGAGUCAUGCGCUGGUUUGGCCUGAUGUCCCGUAUUUUCAUGCACUGCUUCUGGAUAUUCUAUGUCAUCUCCUAUGCCCACAUAAUCUAUAAAAGUCAAAGCCCAGGGAAUAUAAUUUCCUACAACAGACGUAUUUCGACAGGCAAUGGAGAGUUCCUACGACGGAAAUCAAAGAUCGUCAACUUUACCCGACACUAUCAUGGAUGA